GGGUGAACUGCGCCUGCGUGGAUUCAGCAGAAACGCCUGACUUUUUUUUCUUGUUUUGCUCGUUUCAUGAUAAGUCUUCAUGUGUCCACGGCCGCAGUCUGGACCUGAUUGGGCGGCUGUAGAAAAAGGAAGUAAAAACAUGUUGCGCUGUUUCCCUGCGCAUCAGCCCUCAGAGAGCGCAGGUUAUUUGUCGACGGUGUGAGAUGUUAAACUUUUUGAAACCUGUCGGCACAGUGAAGGCUGUGAGCUAACUAGACUCACUUCACCAGAGAUUAAUGUGAGAGUUCAUACGCGCUUCCAGGUUUAUUUCGGAGUCAAGUCAUUCAUGCACAACGAACAACUCUUCAAGCAGGAAGAAAUGGAUCAUGUGCGACCGCAGGACACCUCGCAAAGCAAGGGCUCUACCUUGUGGUACAGGGAAUGCGGUGAUGAGCCUCUUGACAAGAGGCCCACAGACAGCUCUGUGUCUCCCAGUCAGGACAUGAAGAGGCCGAUCAGAAGAGUUCAAAGUCCUUCCAGGCCGAGGGCAUGGUUGUCCAAUUCUUACAAACCAAAGCUUGGAGGGCGAUUCUACAGACCUCAUUUUUCGAGGAAUGACCAUUCAUUCUACAAACCUGCCUUUGGCAACCAGAGGUACCACCACUCUAACCCCCGGGGUUACUUCAACCAGAGAGAUCACUUCCAGCCUAAAUUUCACCACAUCAUGCUGAGGGAGAGGGAGUGGGAGAAGGAGCGGUACGAGCGGAGAGAGAGCGCCGACAGAGGUUCACCCCCAAAACAAAACAAGACUACUAGACUUUUCUUACCCAGGUCCACCUCCAGCAGAGACAAGGACAUGCAGUUCACUGUUUGUCAGAGCGACAGGAACCAAAGCAGAGAGAGAGAUCACAGAGGGACCAAAAGCAAAGAAAGGGAACAAAGCAGAGACGGGGAGCUCCCUUCAACUGUGAGCCAGACGGCGGCACGAGACAGAGCCAUCCAACAGAAGAGGAGAGAGAUAGAUGAGGUGUACUAUCAGGAGUGUGAAAUGUUUGGCCUUGUGACAAAGAUGCUCAUAGAAAAGGAUCCGUCCCUGGAGUGUCCCAUCCAGUCUUCACUGCAGGAGAACCUCAGGGAUAUAGGCAAACGCUGUGUGGAAGCCAUGGAGAAAUUUAUAGAGGAUUAUGACUCCAGGGAGCAGUUGUACUAAUCAGACACACACUGCUGCCUGUCUUCCUACCAUAGAUCCUUAUGGUAAAACUGUUCAGAAUUUUACUUCAGGUAACCGAAUGCUGGUUUUGUGUUUUUAUUUGCCUGGAUAAAGCCCUUCUCUGUGCACUGGUGGAAAAUGAAAAGGCAACUUUGAUUGUGAUUUGAAGAUUUAAUAUUGAUUCUAAUUUUGAGAAUGUAAUGUGAAUUCGCUAGUUGUAUUGCUUGUAUAAGUGUUCUUAUGAGGAAGUCAAACAUUUAUUUUGCUUAAUUUCUUAUAGUUUACUUUUCAAUAAUUUAAAUUUGUUUACAGCAUAUUAAACGUCAUGUGACUG